AUGUAUAAUUCUACAUAUAUGUUCGAUGAUGACUGUGAUGAAAUCCCUACCCAGCAUGCUAUUCAAGAAAGUUUACAAGAUAUGCAUAAAAAAGAAACAAGUGCGGAUGUAGCAGAGAAUGAGAGUUUCCAAUUUGUUGCAAGCAAAGAACGUGGAAAGAUAAUUACAGCUAUUCGGACAGGCCAAGAGGAGGCCUUGAAGAAGCUGGUGAAGCACAGUUCUGCUUUUGAAGAGGCAGAUCAGCAAGGCUGGCUUCCUGUGCAUGAAGCUGCAGCACAGCUAAAUAAGAAUAUUCUAGAAAUAACUUUGAAAGCCUCCAAUGCCAUUACAUGGGAACAGACCACUCUAAAAGGCGAAACGCCUCUUUUCAUAGCAGUGAGAAAUUGCUUUGUAGAUAACGUCCACUUUCUCCUGCUCAAUGGCUGCAAUCCCAAUGUUAAGAAUGAGGAAGGAGAUUCUCCUUUAGUUACAGCAAUUAAACACGAUUCAUAUGAGAUUGCCUCCUUGUUGAUAAGUUUUGGUGCAAAAGUGAAUUUGCAGUGUGUCCACAAGAGGACUGCUUUACAUGAGGCAGCCAGACUAGGCAGAAAGGAUCUGGUGAAGCUUCUGCUUUGUUCUGGAGCAGAUCCUGAUCCUCGCAGUGGAUAUGGGCUCACACCUCUAGCACUGGCUGCACAGACUGGACAAACAGAAAUUAUGGAGCUUUUACUGCGAAAAGGUGCUGAUGUUCUUUCACAGGCAAUGGAUUGUGCUUCUGUAUUAUUUGAAGCAGCAGGAGGAGGAAAUCCGGAUUCACUGAACCUUUUACUAGAACAUGGGGCUGAUGCUAAUGUACCAAAGCACUCAGGCCAUUUGCCAAUUCAUAGAGCUGCAUAUAGAGGACACUUUCUAGCCUUAAAGAACUUAGUUCCAGUUACUAAUUUUGAUGCCAUUAAAGAAAGUGGGAUAAGUCCAGUUCAUUCAGCUGCAGCUGGAGCACAUCCUCAGUGCCUUGAGUUUCUCCUCAAAUCUGGGUUUGAUGCCAAUUUUAUGCUGGAUCAAAGAGUUCGCAAAGGCUAUGAUGAUCACAGGAAAUCAGCAUUGUACUUCGCUGUUUCAAAUGGAGAUAUCUGUUCAACACAGUUACUGUUGAAUGCUGGAGCCCUGCCAAACCAAGAUCCCAUCAACUGUCUCCAAAUAGCCUUGAGAAUGGGCAACUAUGAGUUAAUGAAUCUACUGCUCCGGCAUGGGGCUAAUGUCAAUUAUUUCUGCAGAGUGAAUACAACACAUUUUCCAUCAGCGCUACAGUAUGCGCUGAAAGAUGAAGUCAUGUUAAGAAUGCUGAUGAAUUAUGGGUAUGAUGUACACCGCUGCUUUGAUUGCCCUCGGGGAAACAGCUCCCAUUCCCAGUACGUGACUGAUGGAUGGACUUCUACUGUUAUCAAAGAUACAAUGUUCUGUGAAGUGAUCACCUUGUCAUGGCUGAAGCAUCUGUCUGGGAAAGUAGUGCGAAUAAUGUUAGAUUACGUUGAUCAUGUUAAUAUCUGCUGGAAGCUAGAAGCAGUUCUCAAAGAACAGGAACUCUGGCCAGAAAUCAAUUCAAUUUUAACAAAUCCUCGCUCUUUGAAACAUCUUUGCCGUCUGAAGAUAAGGGAAUGCAUGGGCCGGUUGCAUCUCCGUUGUCCCGUCUUCAUGACCUUCCUCCCACUGCCAAACUGCUUGAAAGACUACAUACUAUACAAGGAAUAUGAUCUCUAUGGACAGGAAAGCUUUUUAGGAACCUACAAUCUCAACUGCACCUAA